AUGGCCGCCACAGUCCCAUCUAAGCUGCUUAUCAUCGGCGCCACGGGCGUUAUUGGCAGAUACAUCACAAAUGCGAUUCUUACCUCCAAGUCUAUCAGCAGUCUCUCGCAGGUCUCCAUCCUCACAUCGCCAGCGACAGUAUCAAAUCCAGCAAAAGAGCCGCUAUUGUUAUCAUGGAAGUCGAAAGGGUUAAAGAUCAUUACUGGUGACAUCAAUAAUACCGACGAUGUGCGCAAUGCUUACAAGGACGUCGACACCGUUAUCUCCGCUCUCGGCCGAGGCGGACUGCUAGAACAGAUCAAGUUGCUGAGACUUGCUGAGGAGAGCAGAAGUGUGCAGUGGUUCUUCCCCAGUGAGUACGGCACGGAUAUCGAAUAUGAUGAGACGAGCAAAGAUGAGAAGCCGCACCAGAACAAGCUCAGAGUACGCGCGUUCAUCAGGGAACACAUCAAGAGGGUCAAAGUUACGUAUGUUGUGACUGGUCCCUAUGCAGACAUGUUCCUUGAUUACAAGCCUGGUUUUGAGUCGGCUGGCGGUUACGAUGCCAAGAACAAGGAAGCUGUGCUGGUCGGAGAUGGCGACGAUAGGAUCGGGUUCACGACGAUGCCAGAUGUUGGAAAGUUUGUGGUCGCUGCACUUGCAAACCCACAAACGGCCCAGAACAAGGCCCUGAAGGUUCAGUCAUUCGUGGUGACAGCGAAGGAGGUUCUGGCCGAGUUCGAGAAGCAAACAGGCUCCAAGUUCGACGUCAAGUAUACGUCAAAGGACGGGCUGAAGCAAACGGAACAAAAGCUCUGGGCCGAGGGUAAUCCUUCAGCUACGCUGUACACCCUGAGAAGAAUCUGGUCGGACGGAAAGACCCUGUAUACAAAGACGGACAACGAGAGUCUUGGUGUAAAGCCAGACGACCUGGAACCAUUGAGCGCUGUAGUUGGAAGGGCUGUCAGAGGCGAGGGUUUCUAG